AUGAGGGUCAUUCUUGCACCAGGAGGCACAAUUCAACAGAGAGAUGAUCGCGAGAAGUGGCUCAACAUGAUCUACGACAACGGUUGGCAGCCUGGUCAGUUCAUCAAAACCCCGCAUGAGAUUUCAACCACCGCAUCGCACAAGAGCAGGGCCUUCGUGAUGGGUACCUUGGCAGACAACCCAGGAUUCACCAUUGGGACUCAUCCACCGACUGAGAACGCCAAACUCGCACUCGUGGAUCUCAACCUCUGUCGAUACAGCAACCACAUUGAGGGAGCUCCGCGUGGGGCCGUCGCCGACCCCAAGGCGACACCUCCGCCCAAGCUCUUUCAAUGA